AAACGUUACCAUGGCACCAAUUCAACAGUGUUCUUAGAGGCAGCCACACCUCAGCAAGGACAAACUUGGGCCAGAAAAAUUAAAAGAACUAAUAGAAACAGCAAGAGUCCUGACAUGGUACCAGAGGAGACUCUUUAUGGCCUCUGAAUCUACGUGAAACAGGGCAUGGGACUUCAAGAAGGAAACAAAGAAGACUAGCGCCUCUAACACCUGGAGUGUGAUCCAAGCCUGGAGACAAAACGGUGAUCUGCAGCUAGACGACAAUAAAAUUAGCAAUGGAGCCAAUGUAUGAGGAGUAUCUAACAUAUGGUGGAACAAUUGUCAAACCUUAUUACUGGCUAAGCUUCUCUCUAGAUUGCAUCAACUGCCCUUACCACAUUCGGACAGGAGAAGAAGCAAGAGUGCCCUACACAGAAUUUCAGCAGAUUUUUGGAUUCCCAUGGUCAACAUACCCUCAAACAAAACACCUCACAUUUUAUGAGCUGAGAAGUUCCUCUGGGAACCUGAUACAAAAGGGCCAUGCUAGCAACUGUACCGGGAAUCACAGGCACCCAGAGUCAAUGCUCUUUGAGAGUAAUGGUUACCUUGACUCAGCCAUCUCUCAUAACAGCAACAUUAGACAUAUCAUUCUGUACUCCAACAACACCCCCUGUAAUGAGGCUAACCACUGCUGCAUCAACAAAAUGUACAAUUUCCUGAUGAUGUAUCCAGGGGUCACUCUUAAUGUUUUCUUUUCUCAGCUCUAUCAUACUGAGAGCCAAUUUCCUACCUCAGCAUGGAACCGUGAGGCUCUUCGGAACUUGGCUGGCUUAUGGCCCCAGGUCACUUUGAGUCCAAUAAGUGGUGAUAUUUGGCAUUCUAUUCUCGAAAAUUUUGUUAGUGGUGUCUGGGGAUCAACUGUUCUGCGGCCCUUUAUAGCUGGGAGGAUAAUGGCUGACAGGUACAAUGCUUAUGAAAUAAACUCCAUAACAGGAGUGAAGCCUUAUUUUAUCGAUGUUCUUCAGAAACAGCGCAAAGAGAACCAGAACAUAAAAGUUUGGGCAGCUUUUGAAAACCAUCCCUUAAACAAUGCUGAUCCUGGACAACCCAACCUGAGUCAGGACCCCAGAACUCCUGCGGUUUUCCUCCUGGUGCCUCACAAAGAUCUCCCGCCAAUCCAGGGGGGUCAAAACGCCCAGAAACCCAGGAACGUGGUAAGGCACCUGAAUAUGCCUCCACUGUCAUCAUUUGAGGGCAAAGACCUCAGAAACCCUCCCUUGGGCAGACCAGUGGAGGAGGCAGAAGCCACAAACCGGGCUGGAAGCAGCAAGGAGGCAAAUGAAAAGAACAAAAAGAAAUGGAAGAAAUAAGCUGAUCUUAUCAAGCCAAACACUUGCCAAAGGAUUUAGUAGACCAGCAAUAAAAAAUUUGGACAUUCUCCUUCCUAGGUCUAACUGAGAUGGGAAUAAAUUGAUGUAAUAAAAGUAAAACCUGAUUAUUUACUACAGAAGCUACUAUAAACAAUACUAUUUUUAACAUAAUCCAAAAUGUUGGCAUAAGUACUUUAUGUCUCUUUCUGAAAGAAACUAACAAAAUAAAUGCUUUUCUAAAUUUUUA